ACAUCUCUCCCUCCUCUCCCAUUUUCUCUUUCUACCGAUGUGGGACUGAAACCAAACAUAUGGUUUCAACAACUUUGAUCGAUUCAUCAAAGGGGUUGUUCGCUCACUUCUUUCCAAAACUCUCUCUCUCUUUAUUACAAUGAUUUUUGAUUUCUUUGAUACAUGAUGUGGGUUCUUGUUUACACGCUACAUUUUGGGGGAAUAAGCAAAAAUUCAAGGCUUCUUGCUGAUGUUAGUGGGCUUUUUGGCUGUAGGGUUGAGAAGAAUUUGUGACUUUAGUGUCCUUUGAUGUAGUGUUGUCAUUCGUUCUAAUCACGUGGUUACAUCAUUUUGAAGAAGAUAAAGAACUGGGUUUUUUUUGGUUGGGCAAACAUUGUUUUGGUCUUCACAGUUAUUUCAGUUAAUUUGGCCGUGGCACUUGCCAAUAAGUGUAACCUUAAUAGUAGGCUGCUUGAUGCUGAUGUGUAUGGGCCAUCUAUGCCUACCAUGAUUAAACUCAAUGGCAGCGCCUGAAGUAUAUGAAGCUGAUGAAAGCUCUUGAACAUGAGUCAAGGGGUGUGGAUUGGGGAAACUUGAUAUUCUAGUGUUGCUCAGAUUUCUAUUUCUCAGAGGCUUCAAUUAUCAGGUUGAUAAAAGAAUAUGAAUACAGUUUUAGAGGUUUUGAUGCUUCAACUAGAGGAUCAACAAUUAGCACAGGAGAGUGACAUGGAAACACAUUUAUGGCUCAAAGGCUCUACCUUUGUUAGAUUCAUGUCUCAGAUUUUGGUUGUCCGGUAGAGCAUGAGCUUCAAGUGUCCACACCGCGGUGAAUUUUGGGAAAGGAGGAACUCGCAAAUGGCGGAUGAAAUGGGAUUGCCAUUUUUUGGUGAGAUAUCCAUUGGAGGUGAAGAUCAAGAGUAGUUCUCUGAUGAAGGUGUCCCUGUAGUAAAUAUCAAAUCAUGAUCCUGCAGUCUCCAAAGCAUACAAUGACGUGACUCGUAAAAUUGCAGCAAACUUGAAGAAUUGUCCGAGCAACUGCAACUCUGACCGGAGAUAUACCUGUAAAGCUGCUACCACCACUCCAAAGCCAACUUAAGGAGUUGUAGAUUACUAAAUUCUGCUAUGUGUGGUUUAUCUGCUGUUUUCUCGGUUGUCCUCCUGAUUUACAAGUUGUGCCGAGAACUCUCUCCUGUGCAUUCAGAAUUAGCGUUUUGCUUCUCGGAAUUCAUGUACCACUGGAAGCUUCAGGGCAGUUCGAAGAUUUUUUUUCCUGCAAAGUCCCUGAUUUGUUGUGAAAAGUAACAAACAACAAGCAAAUUUAGCUUUUAUUUGAACAGGUUUUCUUGGACGUAAUUAGUAGACAAGAGUUUUGAGCAGUUGCUUGAGCACCUUUGUCUUUUCUUUUCUUUUUUGGGUAUUGAGAUUGUUUGCGAUAUUUUGAGUAGAUUAUUCAUGGCGAACCAUGAUAUGAUUCUUGGGCAAAGUCGGGAUUUUUCACUGUUACAGAACCAACAUUUGGGACUAGGGCAUAAUCAUGAUCUCAUAAUUGGACAGGGUCAAGAUUUAGGACUUGGACAAACCCAUGAUCAUGAUGAUCUAGGUUUAGUGCAUGCCCAUGAUCACGAGUUAGCGCUAGGUCAGGCCCAUGACCAUGAAAUGGCUCUACAGCAUGCCCAAAUUCAAAGCAAUGAACAUGAGAACAGAUAUGAACAAAGUCAUGACGAUAGAAUUAAUUCAGGUGAAGAUGAUAAAAUGGCUGCUGAUCAAGACAACACUGACCGUGAAAGCCACGGUCAUCAGUUGGUUCUUACUACUCAGAAUCCCGAAUUGGGUUUAUUGGAGAAUGAUGAAUUGGCUGUUGUUGAGAACCAUGACAUAGAUGAUAACUUAGAGCUUGCUUUGGAUGAGAAUCAGGACUUGACUCCAGAUAUGUCAGAUGAGCAUGCCCACCUUGUAGUCACUCCUUUCAUUCAGUCCCGAACUUUGGUUCCUGCUCCAACACAUGAAUUGACUGUUGGGCAAGAGUUUCCUGACGUCAAGAGUUGCCGGAGGGCACUAAGGGACACGGCAAUUGCUCUGCACUUUGAGAUACAGACUGUUAAGUCUGACAAGACUCGUUUUACUGCCAAAUGUGCGAGUGAGGGAUGCCCUUGGCGGAUUCAUGCUGCAAAGCUUCCAGGUGUUCCUACCUUCACCAUUAGGACUAUCCAUGAGGAGCAUACCUGUGGUGGAAUUACCCAUCUAGGCCAUCAACAAGCUUCAGUCCAGUGGGUUGCGAAAUCUGUCGAACAAAGCCUUAGGGAAAACCCCCAUUACAAGCCGAAGGAGAUAUUGGAGGAGAUUCAUCGUGUUCACGGGAUAACAUUAUCGUACAAGCAAGCCUGGAGAGGUAAGGAACGGAUCAUAGCAGCUGUUCGUGGGUCAUUUGAAGAUGAUUAUCGCCUCCUUCCUAUGUAUUGUGACCAGAUUAGGCGAACAAAUCCAGGAAGUAUUUCAUCAGUUUAUGUGAAUCCAGUGGAUAACUGCUUCCAACGUCUGUUUGUUUCAUUUCAAGCAUCAAUCUAUGGGUUUUUGAAUGCAUGUCGCCCACUUCUUGGGCUUGAUAGAAGUGUCCUGAAAAGCAAGUACCUUGGGACAUUGCUUUUUGCCACUGGUUUUGAUGGAGAUGGUGGCCUGUUUCCUUUGGCAUUUGGGGUGGUUGAUGAGGAAAAUGAUGAUAACUGGAUGUGGUUCCUUUCUGAGCUGCACAACCUGCUUGAAACCAACACAGAAAACAUGCCAAGGCUUACAAUCUUGUCUGACAGACAGAAGGGUAUUGUAGAGGGAGUGGAAACAAACUUCCCAACUGCUUUUCAUGGGUUCUGUAUGAGCCAUCUUAGUGACAGUUUCCGAAAGGAGUUCAACAAUACCAUGCUCGUCAAUCUUUUCUGGGAAGCUGCCAAUGCUCUUACUGUUAUUGAGUUUGAAGCAAAAGUCCUUGAAAUUCAGGAGAUAUCUCAGGAAGCUGCUUACUGGAUUCGUCGGGUUCCACCUCGCUUGUGGGCCACAGCAUAUUUUGAGGGAACAAGGUUCGGUCAUUUAACUGCUAACAUUGUCGAAUCUUUAAAUUCUUGGAUACUCGAAGCCUCUGGGCUUCCAAUAAUUCAAAUGAUGGAAUCUAUCCGUCGGCAACUGAUGACUUGGUUCAAUGAGCGGCGAGAAGCAAGUAUGCAGUGGGCAUCAAUAUUAGUUCCUUCUGCUGAGAAGCAUGUGUCGGAGGCUCUUGAGCGAGCACGUACCUACCAGGUCCUCCGAGCAAAUGAAGCUGAAUUUGAAGUUAUAUCCCAUGAAGGAACAAAUGUUGUGGAUAUUCGAAAUCGUUGUUGUCUUUGUCGAGGAUGGCAACUAUAUGGGCUGCCUUGCGCUCAUGCCGUGGCAGCUCUCCUUUCGUGCAGGCAGAAUGUCCAUCGGUUCACCGAAAGUUGUUUCACCGUGGCUACGUAUCGUAGGGCAUACUCUCAAACGAUACACCCAAUUCCAGAUAGAACCCUUUGGAAGGAGAUGUCAGAUGGUUCUCAGAAUGAAGCCAAUGCAGUUGAAAUUGUCAUAAACCCACCAAAAUCGCUUAGGCCGCCAGGUCGACCAAGGAAGAGGCGAGUUCGUACAGAAGAUCGAGGUCGGGCAAAACGGGUUGUCCAUUGUAGCCGUUGCAAUCAAACAGGCCAUUUUAGAACAACAUGUGCAGCUCCCAUAUAGAUUUCAUUUGUCUGCUUAUUUGCGUUUUCUCUGUAAAGAAUUCUAGGUCUUUUUUUAAAUUCUUAUAUUUACCUUGAUUUUUAGUUUUAUUAUUUUUAAUUGUUAUAUGUAACUGGAGAUUCAAGUAGUAGUGCAUAAAUUUCGGCAUAGCUACCCAAUGGGGUGUAUUUGUUAGAGGAAUGUGAUGAUUCAUCAUGCUUUGUUUUGUGCUUUUUUA